AUGCAAGCCUUUCAACGCUUCCCAUACCCCCCAAGUCUCCCAGCCGAGAUCCCCGAAGACCUGCUGCCCAAGCUCAGUGAGCUCCGCGAUGAAUUUGGCACCGACAAGGAUCACCUGAAGCACGUUACCGACCACUUUGUCAAAGAACUCGAACGAGGCCUGACGCAAGAAGGCGGCGAUAUUGCAAUGAACGAGGCAGAUACCUAA